AUGAAGGACAGAGUGGAGGAUGAAGACACUGCCUACACCCCCGAAGCCACAGACUACGACGUGCGGGUGCUGCUGCGCUUCCCGCAGCGGGUGAAGAACCAGGGCACAGCUGACUUCCUGCCCAGCCGUCCCCGGCACAGCUGGGAAUGGCACAGCUGCCACCAGCACUACCACAGCAUGGAUGAGUUCAGCCACUACGACCUGCUGGAUGCCACCACGGGCAGGAAGGUGGCCGAGGGCCACAAGGCCAGCUUCUGCCUGGAGGACACCACCUGUGAUUUCGGCAACCUGAAGCGCUACGCCUGCACGUCCCACACCCAGGGCUUGAGCCCAGGGUGCUACGACACCUACAACGCUGACAUUGACUGCCAGUGGAUCGAUAUCACAGAUGUGCAGCCGGGGAAUUACGUCCUAAAGGUCCAGGUGAACCCCAAAUACAUCGUCUUGGAGUCAGAUUUCACCAACAACGUGGUGCGGUGCAACAUCCACUACACUGGCCGCUACGUCGCCACGACAAACUGCAAGAUCUCCCAAUCUUGAGCCAAGCGGGGCUGCCCAGGCUCCUCCAGUGCCCCACCACGAGCCCAAAACCACCUCAGAACACCACCCCCGACUGCUUCACACUAUCCAGAGAGAAGCAAGAGUGACUGUUUGAAAUAUUUUUAUACUUAACUUUUCUUUAACCUGCAUUGUUUUUCUGUUUUCUGAUGGAAGCUGAUGAUAAGUUGUAGCUGGAAUAAUGGAAGGCUUGCUACCGAGCUGGCAGAUCGCAUGUUUAGCAAUAGGGAGCUCGGUAGUUUAAACCUGCCUGUAUUUUAGGGGGGUUCAGGCACUUCCACACACCCCACAGCACCUCCCAGCAGGAUGAAGGCAGCAAAAAGUUGGAGGCGCUUCCCCAGAAACUCGGGCUCCGUGCACAGUCCUCGGGACAACAGGACGCCUGGUUUAUUACUGAAAUCAUUAUUUUCACGAGCUGUUAAGAACAACAACAACAAAAUGCCGACAAACAACAACAAAACCGGAAACCAU